CCAUUUUGAAACGGCAGUGCUUUUUGUUCGUGUGGAGCGUUAGCUCGUUGCGGGGUCUAGAUUGUGGUUAAGCAGAGUUUAGUUUUAUUUUACAAAGAACUCUAUCAAAAUGAGCUGGCAAGAUUAUGUCGAUAAACAGUUAAUUGCAUCCAGAUGUGUUUCAAAGGCUGCAAUUGCCGGUCACGAUGGAAAUGUCUGGGCUAAAUCGGAAGGCUUUGACAUAUCAAAAGACGAGGUGGCCAAGAUAGUGGCUGGUUUUGAAAACGAAUCACUACUCACCAGCGGUGGUGUGACGAUAGCGGGCACGCGGUACAUCUACCUCAGUGGUAACGAACGCAUCAUUCGCGCUAAACUCGGCAAAGUCGGAGUUCACUGCAUGAAGACGCAGCAAGCUGUUGUAAUUUCUCUCUACGAAGAACCGAUCCAACCCCAGCAAGCUGCUUCCGUAGUCGAGAAGUUAGGAGAUUAUUUAGUGAACUGUGGUUAUUAGAGAUCGAAGCGCGCCGUGAUCUAAGAAUACUAUAAGAUAAUAUUUUUUCCACAGGGAAAUAAGUAACUGCAUUUUGUAUAUUCUAUAAAAGUGAUAAGGAUCGUCAUUUGUUUUGAUAUUUAAAAAAAAAAAAUAUGGCGCCACGUGUCUGAGUUUUAACAGAACCACCUGCAGAUGUAAUCACUUUGCUGAUGAUGGAUUUUUUUAUACGCUCACCGUUCUCACGCAGCGAUUGCAUCUGCACGAUGGUCAAAAAUUUUGUAUUUUAAAAUAUUUGCUUUCGGUGGCCCGUUGCAUGAAGCUGGACUAUACGGCUUCGCGGCAACGGUCUCAGAGCAUGAUGUAUAGAGAUUUUUUAGAUUUCUUUUCAAGCAGUCUGCAACUACAAACAUCUCAUAUAGCGUGAUGAACUUAAAAUUAAUAGUUGUGAGUUAAAAGUAUGAAAUUGUGUAUGAGUUAAAUAAUAAGAGCGCGAACAUGCUUGAAUGGAAUUAUAAUAACCACGUAAUAAAAUUACUGUAACACUAUACAACAUAAUUAUAAAUAGACAUUGUGUAAGGGCUUGUUACGAAUACGAAGACACUGUAACCCGAAUGUAACGAUCGUUUGAAAAUCUCUAGUCCCACUGGAUCCAUCGUGUGACCACUAAUCUGUACAGUGUGAGGGCUCCGCCCUAAGCAUUCGCCAUUAUUUCGCUACGCUUCCCUUUCUAUUACGCUACGUUUAUAAUCUUGUAGUGAAUAAACAUUUGCAUUCUGUUCUACUCUAUCUUAUAAACUGCAGAAACUAGAAGCGCUCAAUUAUAACCCUGUAUCCUCAAACAAGGCUUGCAGUAAUCGAAGGGUGCAUAAUGUUUAUAUUUGAUAUUACUACUAUAGCUUUGUACAUUGUUUCUGAUAAGCGAUGGGAACUGUGUCUAUCUAAUAAUAAAUGAUUUGUAUUAUA